AUGCCGAUCCGCGCUGGUCGAACCUUUCAAGCGUCCCCCUUAUUGGACUCCCUCUGCAAAAUUCCUGAUGGAGAGAAUGUAAUUUUGCGUAUGACAAGCACCGCCUCCGGAAAGACCACACAUGCCGGCGUCCUGAAGUUGCACUCCACGCGAUCUGUGAAGACCGUCCUCUGCCCGCCGGCCGUAAUGUUCAACCUUGGAUUAGACGGCAAUCAGGAGUAUCAGGACAGCACCACCGUCCGAAUGACGGUUGUCGUACUUCCUCUAGGCGACUCCGUCACUAUUGGCUGCUCGUCCUGGAUGAAUGUCCAGCAGCAAGAGGCACUGAGGUGCUACGUGCAGACUCUUGCUGCUGUGACUGAAGGAGACCAUCUACACGGCGGAAAAGAUGAUGCCGCCGGCGGACCAUACAAGGUAUUGCAGACGCGACCGUCCAGUGCCAUCAGGAUCGGGCCCGAGACCAAGAUCGAGUCCAUCAAAGUCACCACCCAAAAUCAAGAGGAACAAUUUCUCGUGGCCAUUCGGACGAUGAUGAUGAAGUCCGUCGCGGACAAAAGACGGCCGAAAGUGGCCUCCGCAGAGUCGAAGGCCGUCGAGGAGGCCACCGCGGAGGCCAGGGACUCAGAGGGGGCCGCGAAAUGCCGCCUCUGUGGCAGAAAGAAGCCGUCAGCUGAGGACAUUUUCGCCACCAAAGGGCUCGCAACCCUAAUCGAAGACUGCCUGAGGAUUAAGGUUGAAGAGGAGGACGGACUGCCACACCUGAUCUGUCCGGAGUGCGUGAAGAAGCUGCGGUCGUGGCGCGUCUUCCACGACCGGGCCCACGAGACGCAGCAGUCGCUGUCCUUCGGGGUCAAGAACCGCGUCGCCCUCGAGAGACACAAGUGCGGCAUCUGCGGGGAGCAGUUCGGCCGUAGCAAAGCGUUUGCCGAGCACUUGGCCUCGCACGCCGGCCAGAAGUUUGUGUGUCCGGUGUGCGGCCGGCAGCUGGCCAGCGAGGAGGGUCUGGUGCGCCAUCAGGAGGUGCACGCCGCCCAGCGCAACCACUGCUGCCACUUGUGCGGACGCCUCUUCCAGACGCUCACCUGUCUGCUGCAGCACGUCCGGCUGCAGCACCGACCGCAAGGCACGCCCACCUACCUUUGUCCAGUGUGCCAGAAGAGCUUCACCCAGCGCGCCCAUCUCGACUUGCACGUCCGGACUCACACAGGAGAACGGCCUUUCGGUUGUGAGCAGUGCAGUGCUCGAUUUGUGAGCAGCGGCCAGUUGCAGCGGCACGUGGCAGGAGUGCACGAGCGCAAGAAGCGAUUCAAGUGCACUCAUUGUGAAAAGGAGUUUUUGUAUGCCCACAAUUUCAAAGCCCAUCUAGCUCGGCACGAAGGGAACAAGGAGGUCAGUUGUGAGCAGUGUGACAAAACUUUCUUCACUAAAAAUGCUCUGUUCAGACAUCAGAGGGUUCACUCCAAGGAGAAACCAUUUCCUUGUGAUAUUUGCGGUAAAACCUUUGCGGACUGCAGCAACCGAAAGCGACACAUGCAAAACCACACCACAUCCUCAGCUGCUCCGACUUUCCAAACCCGUCCGAAAGAUCCCGAACUGCUCCUAGUUGCCCUGAACACGACGGACGGUGACCUUAGCCUGAACACCCUGUCCGGGGCGCCCCUGUCACCACCGCUGCCCUUGCCACUGGCACUCUCACCGACGCUGCCCUCGAGCCCAAUCCAGCUUCCUCCAUCGGACUUUUUGCUGCCCCUCAACAACUACUGACUCGACACGAUCUCAUUUGGUAUUUUUGUUCUUCGUAGAUCUCUCUUUGUUUGAAGUGAUAUUUUUGUAAAAGUUUUUAUGAUUUUUGUGUGAUAUUAAGCAGCCUUUAGAAAGAAUUUCAACAUUCCAGAGUAAUUGUGAGCUUCAAAUAUUUAUAAAUUUGAACAUUUCCAUCUACUAUUUCAUAUUUGUAGCAGAAAAAUGUACAUUAUGUAAUAAAAUGUGACAAAAUAUUUAAAUUGAUUUU